AUAUUGCAGAAGGAAGGACCAAAGCUGCACGCAAAAAAGGAAAUGGAAGAAAGAACAAUAACUAUAGAAAUCCCUGAAGUUCUGAAGAAAAAGCUUGAGGAUGAUUGUUACUAUAUCAACAGGAGGAAACGGUUAGUGAAACUUCCAUGCCAGAACAACAUCAUAACUAUUUUGGAAUCGUAUGUGAAGCAUUUUGCUAUCAAUGCAGCCUUUUCAGCCAGUGAGAGACCUCGUCACCAUCAUGCUAUGCCACAUGCCAACAUGAAUGUGCAUUGUAUCCCAGCAGAAAAGAACGUUGACCUUUGUAAGGAGAUGGUGGAUGGAUUAAGAAUAACCUUUGAUUACACUCUUCCAUUGGUUUUGCUCUAUCCAUAUGAACAAGUUCAGUAUAAAAAGGUGACUUCAUCCAAGUUUUUUCUUCCGAUUAAGGAAAGUACCACAAACACUAAUAGGAACCAGGAGGAGCUCUCUCCAAGCCCACCUUUGCUGAAUCCAUCCACACCACAGUCCACAGAGAGUCAGCCAAACUCAGGCGAACCAACCACCCCCAAAAGGCGCAAAGGCGAGCCGGAAGCCUUGCAGUCUCUGAGGCGGUCCACGCGCCACUCUGCCAACAGCGACAGACUGUCUGAGAGCAGCGCCUCGCCCCAGCCCAAGCGCCGGCAGCAGGACACAUCUGCCAGCAUGCCCAAGCUGUUCCUGCACCUGGAAAAGAGUAGGUUUACUGCCUGCAGGAAGGGCAUGCCGGGGAGAGCUGAUGCUGACUCUGUACUUGGUCUGGGUCAGAACCUCCACAUUGCUUUCUUGUCAUUGUCCUGUUGCCUCUUUGGUUUCUUCCCGUUUUCUGGUCCAGCUGUGAGGCAGCUCCAGAGGUGCCAAAUGGAUGGGAAGCUCCAGGGUAGAAAUGAGACCCUUGAUGAGCCGUGUCUUUCUGCCGGCCUGGGAAUGUCCAAGUGUGUGUAUUUCUGCUGGAGUUCCAAAUGUACAGGUCUGUGGGUAAUGGAGUGUGAAGAUAUAACAGCAAAACAUUCACUGUGCUUUUCCCAGGUCCUCUCCUGGAAACUUGUACCCGAUAGUUACCCUCCAGGUGACCAACCACCUCCUCCCUCUUACAUUUAUGGGGCACAACACUUGCUGCGUUUGUUUGUGAAACUUCCAGAAAUCCUUGGAAAGAUGUCCUUUUCUGAGAAGAAUCUGAAGGCUUUACUGAAGCACUUUGAUCUCUUUCUGAGGUUUCUAGCAGAGUACCAUGAUGACUUCUUCCCAGAGUCUGCCUAUGUUGCUGCCUGUGAGGCACACUACAGCACGAAGAAUCCCAGGGCGAUUUAUUAAGGUUUCGAUGGUCCUAGAAGAACAGCUUCUCUAUCUAGUUCUCGGUUCCCAGUAAAGAACUAGGUAGUCAGUGGGCCUUCUUUAUGCAGAAAGCAAAUGUGACGCCCACCCUGGGGGGCUUUGGCAGAGGUGGGCCCAUUCGUUUGAGUUGCUUACCUAUUGUAGUUAUUUCUGUUAAGGGGUACUUCCUCGGUGCCUCGAUGGCCUACAACAUCUAACCCUUGCCACCGUACACAUGAUUUGUGUUGGCAGGAAAACAGCAGCUGUGUUAACAAUUACUUGUUCAUGAACAUGUGCUUAGAUUGGGCUGUUUCAGUAGACGGAGGUACUUGUUAGGAGUAACCACGUCUUUUAGUUAUUUGUUGGCAUUGAACAAAAUUGUUUUGCAAACUGUUUUCAUUCUUGUUAUAAGGUUGAGCAACUCUGUCCCACAAAUUCUAGUUUUGCUUGGAAACUGCAAAGUAGUCCCCGAAUAUUUUAGAGGGAGUCGAUAUUGAUGGCAAAAGAAAAUUUGCAGCUACACAUUUGCUUGUUACAGUUCCUUUUCUAUAAAACCUUAUUUUUGGUGAUUUAAAUAAAGCAUUGCCUGAAUGUUUGAGAUUUUUAUAGCUACACUUGGUUGUGUAAUAUUAUGGUUCCUUUUCUGUAAAAUGUUAUUUUUGGCCAUUUCAAAUAAAUCAUUUCCCAUCUUACUGGAAAGAACCAGGAGAGUUUUUA